AGGCAAUCCGUGUAGUCACAACGACGUGAGCGGGGACGGAAGGAGUGUUGGUUUUGUGCUAAUUGCUCUCUUUGCCUUAACAACUAUCUUCUGAAUGUUCAUUAUAAAUGGCCCUGUAAUGUUUACAUAUUGUAGUGAAGUACGCAGUAAUAUUAGGAUUAUAAACUCUUACGAACUCUUUAUAUUGCUGUUUGCGGUUCUGAGACCUAAGCGUUGCUACCGAAAUGGUUUUUCAAAACGUUAAAUAGCUAAACAGUUAAUCUCAUACAGCCAUGGCUACCGGUGCUGAUGUCAGGGAUAUUCUUGAGUUGACCGGAGGGGAUAAUGAUGGUCCCAUCACCAAGAAAGACCUCAUCAACUCAGACAAGAAAAAAUCCAAGAAAGCAACAGAAACCCUGACCUUCAAGAGACCAGAGGGAAUGCACAGAGAGGUCUACGCUCUGCUUUAUUCAGAUAAGAAGGAUGCACCCCCCCUGCUGCCUAGUGACACCACUCAAGGUUAUAGGACAGUCAAAGCCAAGUUAGGCUGUAAAAAGGUUCGUCCCUGGAAGUGGAUGCCCUUCACAAAUCCAGCACGCAGAGACGGGGCCAUAUUCCACCACUGGAGACGUGUGGCAGAAGAGGGCAAGGACUACCCUUUUGCUCGCUUUAACAAGACAGUGCAGGUGCCAGUGUACUCGGAGCAAGAGUACCAAAUGCAUCUCCACGACGAUGGCUGGACUAAAGCAGAGACAGACCACCUGUUUGACCUUUGCAAGCGUUUUGACUUGCGCUUCAUCGUUGUCCAUGACCGAUAUGAUCACCAGCAAUACAGAAAACGCUCUGUGGAGGACCUGAAAGAACGAUAUUAUAGCAUUUGUGGUAAGCUGACCAAGGUCCGCGCAGCAUCAGGGACAGAACCCAAAAUCUACAUCUUUGAUGCUGGCCAUGAAAGGCGCCGUAAAGAGCAACUGGAAAAGCUGUUCAAUCGCACACCUGAACAGGUGGCAGAAGAGGAGUAUCUCAUUCAGGAGCUAAGGAAAAUUGAGACUAGGAAGAAAGAGCGUGAGAAGAAAGCCCAGGAUCUGCAAAAACUCAUUAAGGCAGCUGACACAACUACAGAGUUGAGACGAGCUGAAAAGAGGGUUUCUAAGAAGAAGCUUCCACAAAAAAGGGAAACAGAAAAACCGGCUGUUCCAGAGACGGCAGGCAUCAAAUUCCCUGACUUCAAAUCAGCGGGCGUCACACUGCGCAGUCAGAGGAUGAAACUGCCAAGCUCCGUAGGCCAGAAGAAGAUCAAGGCCAUUGAGCAGAUCCUGAUAGAGCAAGGAGUGGAUCUUAACCCCAUGCCCACUGAGGAGAUUGUGCAGAUGUUCAAUGAGCUUCGUAGUGACCUGGUGCUGCUGUAUGAAUUGAAGCAGGCCCACAGCAACUGCGAGUAUGAGCAGCAGAUGCUGCGUCAUCGCUACGAGGCCCUGCUGAAGGCCGGCGGGUGCGUGGGAACUGUAGGAGCCGGUCCAGUCAUUGCAUCGCAGGGUGGGGAAAUCAACGCCACCAACAGCACUACAGCAUCCACCCCAGGGGCUGAAUCUCAGUCCUGGCUCAAUGCAGAUGACAUUAAGGUGGAAGCCAAGGAGCAGAUCAUCGAUGUUGUUGGAGCACCGCUUACCCCCAACUCGCGCAAGCGGAGAGAAUCGGCGUCCAGCUCGUCCUCAGUGAAGAAGGUGAAGAAGCCUUGAUGGGAGCGGCAGCUUUUACACAUGGAAGCGAAGCGACAGUGUUACUCAUUCAGAUCACAGUGGAGAUGGCCACGAGUGAACCAGAGAGACACAACAGAGCUGGACACCAUGUUGUUGUCUAUUUACGUACACUCAUUGCUAACAACACACACACACACCUUUUCACCUACUAACGAGGCCUUUCGAACCCCUCCCAUCGGGCCUGCUCAGCAUCGCUGUGACAAAGGCAGCGACUGAGUGACAUUUCAUUCCAUUACUGCUCGUCUCCCUGCCUCCACCAGUGCUUGGCCUUAGAUGAGGCAAGAUCAACUGUAAAUUGCCCGGCUGAGCUAAUCGGGACACGGGGAAGAAGGUGGGAAUGACUGCGUAAUUGAAAUGAAUUGGAAUGAAAGAACGGGGUUGGGGAAUGGAUGUCGAGCCGCAGUGCUCGUUUGACCCGUGUGAGGGUUUUUGUUUGUUUCGUGCCGUAGUGUUUACUGGAAACGUGUUUUGUGUUAACCUGUAGUGCCGGCUCUGUCUCGACCUCGCUUCCAUCUGCUGCCCAGUUUUUUCAUGUUGGACUAGCGGGACUGAUUUAUGUUCUCAGGUGACCUUGGAGAUGCUUUAGUCAACGAUUCAAUAAAUGUCCGUUUCUUUUCUUA